AUGAAAAGACUUUAGAUCAAAUAAGAUUUUCUUACUUAAUUAAGUUUUGAUAAAAUUAGACUUUUUUCCAAAUGUGAAUGGAAGAUUAAAGUUUGUUUAUCACCUAUUAACUUUUAAGUAAUAAAAUUAUUUUGAUUUUAAGCGUGAUGAGCAGUAAUCAUUUAUAGAAACAAGAUAUUUUUGCUAAAUGACUGGUCGAAUAUUCAUCAAAAUAUUCUAAUAGAACAAGCCGAGAUUAGUGUAUUUCGCUUUUGAAGAUAAUUGUUUUCAAAAUUAGAAAGAAAUUUAAAAAAAAAGGUUUGUUACCUUAAAAAAUCCCAAGAAGGUUUAAAAGAGUCAUAUGAAUCACAAAGUAUUUAACUUAAUCAAAAGAACACAUAUAACCUGCAAAUCAAGAAAAAUACAAAAUUAAAUUUAUUUUGCAAAAAUAAAUAACAAGAAGAACCAUCACUUGAUAUCAAGAAAAGAUUUUUUACACAAACUGAAGAAAUUUAUUGCGCCACCAAGUGAUGGUGAUUUUGUUAUAUUUGAUUAAUUUUGUACAAAUUUAUUGUUAACAUAGAGCUUCUUAUAUCUUAUUUAUGUUAAAAUAAUUGAUAAAAUCAGUUCAAUACUUUCCCAUAGAUAAAUGGAGAGGAUUUUCAUCAUUAUUAAAAUUUUCACAAGCAUCGAAGAAAUAAUACCCUCCUUAUGCUAAUGA